ACAAGCAGCCAUCGCGACUUUGAUAUCUCGCAUAUCGAGCUACAGUGUAACCGCAAGCGCAAGCACCCCAGCUUCAGAGAAAUCGCUUUGUGAUUCCCUGCUGACUGAGACACUCCCCUAAUCUCUACCAGGAUGCCGCCAGCAUUCAGCGACGAGGAGCCAUCAGACGUCGAAAUUGAACAGUCGAGCACGAAGAAGUUGGGUCGCGGGAAAAAGCCCGUGUCGUACCAGGACAACCUCGACGAAGAGGAUGUCAAGAACGGAACGAAUGGUUCGAAUGAUCUUGAAGCGGACGAUGAUAACGAGGAUGGAGACGAGGAGGAAGUCUAUGUCGUGGAGAAGAUCAUGUCACAUAUGAUUGAUCCAAAGCAGGGAAAACCAUACUUCGAGGUCAAGUGGGAGGGCUAUGAUGACGAGGCCGACCGAACAUGGGAGCCAGAAGAGAACCUGGUGGAGAAUGCCUCCGAAGCCCUAAACGAAUACCUCCAGAGCAUUGGCGGCAGAGAAAAGCUCUUGGAAGAAACUGCAAAGGUGCUUAAGAGCAAGAAGAGGGGGCGACCUUCCCCAUCCACACCACAGCCCACCCAAAAAAGGUCACGGAGGAAUGGGGGCCACCCGGUGGACUCGGAGCCGCCGCUUAGUGCGAAGGCCGCAACGUGGAAGCCGCCACCGGGUAGCUGGGAGGACCACAUUGCCCAACUAGAUGCUUGCGAGGAUGAGGUGACCCACAAGCUCGUGGUAUACGUGACGUGGAAAAACGGGCACAAAACCCAGCAUGAGACGAGUGUGAUUUACCAGAGGUGUCCACAGAAGAUGUUGCAAUUCUAUGAGCGGCACGUUCGGAUCAUCAAACGAGAUCCUGAAUUAGAUUCCGCUUGAAAAUUUUGUGAGCGCUGGUCUCUCGAUGCCACCCUACCGCCCCUCGGCAAUGAGUUCGUGCCUGGGAGAGACAUUCACACAGCCCAUCCAGGCCAAGAGGUAUCUGGCAGGAGACGGUAUUACCGAUCUUCGGAAUUCACUGGCAAACGUCAGAUCUCUCACUGCUUCUUUGCAUAGUCUUGAGUGUUUAUCUGAAAGCGAGUUCGGUUGAUUGUAUCGUUAAGUUUUGUUGGGCUUCUAUCCAACGGACCCCUUUUCGAGUUUGUAGUUACUAGUAAUACGCAGCUUGCAACGAAAAGGACCUACCUACCUUAGCUAACUGCAAACACUGUCCAUCGCACUCGCGCCGUUAUGGCGCACCUCAGCCCUUCGACAAAGCUAAGGUGCCCCUGGUUUGGACGCAUCCUUCUGAACCCUAAUUUGAGAAGGCUGGUCGGCGAGGUCGGCUCCAUAAGUGCGGUCCGUGCCCACCCUGUGACAUGCUAG